AUGAACAAUUCUAAAGUAAUUUUAAAAUUGAUAAAUAUAAAUUUAAGAGAAGCAAUAAAAGUUAUAUUAUCUGAAAAUUUGGAAGAAAAUAUAUCAAAUUUUAACAAGAAUUUAGACAAUGUGGUUUGGUCAGAUUCUUAUGAGAACAAUAAAAAACAAAAUUUAACUACGGCUCAAUAUAACACGGAAAAUAUCCGCCGCAAAAGACGUUCACGUAAUAGUAAUGGCAAAUUAAUAAGAGAAAUAUUGAAAGCUAUAUUUGGUGAAAAGACAGUCAAAAAGUUAGAUACCCUGAUUGGUUAUUUAGCAAUUGGAUUUUUGUAUUUUAUCUAUAUUGCUGGACCUAUUUAUGAAUACAUAUAUAGAAUUCACUGCACUUUUCCUGAUUUGACUUGGUUUAGAAAUCUUCGGCCAUUUGGAGGAGGAAAUGGACAAAAUAACGGGGGAAAUCAAGUCGUCGUACAACAACCGCAAAUACAACCACAACCAGUACAGCCAAUGCUUCCGCAAAUGCACCCAAAUUUAGUUCACCAUAUCCGACCACAAGUACCACCACAAAUACUGCCUCCACAGAUACGACCAAAUUUACAACAACAGAUGGGGCCACAUUUUAAUCCACAAAUACAACCUCAAAACAUUAUUCACAACCCUCAUCCACAUCAACGUCCUCCAAUACCGUGGUUUCAGCAGGCCAAUUCAUUUACCAAUAUUAGUUAUACAAGUAUGCCGUCUUCUUCUGAUCCAAUGUCUUUUUAUAAUCGAAGCUACAAUCCACAACCAGGACAACCAUCUGGCUAUCAGCCACAUAUACUAUUAGAAGAUUCUGAUGAUGAAAGAUCGUAA